AUGUCUUCAUGCAGGAAAAGAAAUAGUUCAGAUGAAACUAGUCAGAUAUUCGAAAUUGAUUUAACAAGUACAAAUAACAAUUUAAAACCAUUUCCACAUCCAUUUUAUGAAGGUGAUUAUGGCGAAGGAUGUCAGCCAAAAACUUUAAUAGAACUGAACAUGACACGUUUGAGUGGUGUUAUUCGAUCGAAAGCAAAAUGGUAUGAAAAAAUGAAUGAUGAAACAAUACGAAAUAAAUGGAAAAAAGAAGCAUUAAAGAAAAAACUACUUAAAUCAAAACAAAUUGAGUAUGUCCUAGCUGAAUUACAAUACUAUAAUUCGAUACGAGAUGGAAAUAUGGAAAUGUCUGCAGUCGAUGGUGUAUGGCAAAGUGAUGAAUUAAUACCAGUUCGUAUAAAAAAAUCAUUAACUGCGUGUGUUAAUAAAUUGGAAAAAAUACCAGAAAGUGAAAAAGAUUGGCAUCCUGGUACUAAUAAACAAAUAUUAGAUUUAGUACAUCCAUCAUUAUUUUGUUAUGUUCAUCAAAUGACAAGAAUUAUCAAUGAUAAGAAUCGUAUUAUCAAUCUAGAUAAUGCUUUAGAACAUAUUGGUGAUGGUGAAACUAUUGAUAUUAAUAUAACCGAAUUAUCUUCCAACAACAAACGGCAGAAAUCAUCAUCUAAUUAUGCUAGAUCGGAUAAGUAUCAAUGGUUACCAGCCGAAUUUAAUGUUUCAAAUGAUGGCAAAGUUAAAAUCGAAUCAUAUAUCAAUAAUUUACAUCCAACUGAAAAUAAAGAUCUAUAUGAAUUGAUUGAAGAAAUAUUUGAAACUCUUAUACCUUUAUUCAACAAAGUGUUAACCAAUUUAAUUGAUAAUCAAACUAAGCAAAAUCGAAUCAUUGUCGAUCCUUAUUCAUGGUAUGAUAAUUCCAACUCGUAUAAUGCUUUUGGCAAUAGGCCUAUUAAAUUGCCUGAUGUUGGAGAAUUUCAGAUGCCAUCAUCAACAUCAUCAAAAAUGUCAAAUAUUGAUUUACGUGGACGAAAAUUACAAGUGAUUGUUAAAUUAGCGAAUAUUGUAUUGACACCAGAUAAUCCAAAAUAUCCUGGUGGUGUAUGGCAUGUUGAAGGAAUGGAAAAUGAACAUAUUGUUGCUACAGGAAUUUUUUAUUAUUUCAAUUCUAACAUUACACAAUCAGAUUUACAAUUCAGAACUGUGAUAAGAGAACCAGAUUAUCAACAAAGUGAUGAUCGCGGUGUACGAACUGUGUAUGGUUUAACCAAUGAAGGACCAUUAAAUCAAAUAUUGGGUGAAAUAAUUACUCAAGAAAAUCGUUGUAUUGUAUUUCCAAAUAUUUAUCAACAUCGUGUUGCACCAUUUCAGUUGGAAGAUCGAACUCAAUCAGGUUAUCGUAAAAUAUUAGUAUUCUUUUUAGUUGAUCCAUCUAUUCGUAUAUUAUCUACUGCUAAUGUGCCACCACAACAAUCUCAUUGGAUGCCAAAUAUUAUACGUACUAUAUCUCCAUUUGAUCAAUUACCAUCGAUAAUUGUAAAUAAAAUCAUGAGUUAUAUUGAUUUUCCUAUGAGUAUGAAUCAAGCAAAACAAUAUCGUGAAAAAUUAAUGAAUGAAAGAAAAUAUUUUAUUUCACAAAAUAAUGAAUUACUAUUUGAAAGACCAUUUUCUUUGUGUGAACAUUAA